AUGAGCUUGAAAUUUCCAAAAAUCAUUCAUAUCAGUGAUAGGGGAAUACUAUCUCUCACAAACAGGUUUUAUGACUAUUCGAAUGAACUCAUUUUGGGAAGAUUUUAUAUAAGGAAGAUUUUAUUGGGUCUCAACACCAACAAAGCUUGUGGCUCCGACGGAAUUCCACCGAUUGUUCUCAAGAAAUGUGCUCCCGAACUAACAUCUGUUCUCUGCAAGUUGUUCAACUACUCUUACAAAUUGGGGAUAUUCCCGUCCAACUGGAAAAUUGCAAGAGUACAACCAGUUCCCAAAAAAGGCAAAAAGACCCUACCUAGCAACUACAGAACGAUCGCACUGCUAUCUAUUAUUUUAAAGAUCAUGAAGAAAGCUAUCAACAUCGAGCUCAUGAAAUACCUGGAACAUUCAGGUAUUAUCAACGAUAGGCAAUAUGGCCUCCGUCAUCAGAGAUCAACUGGUGACCUGCUCUCACAUAUAUGGCAGCAAUCUAUUGAAAAAUAUGGUGAAACCUUAGCCGUGGCACUUGAUAUCACCAAAACAUUCGAUCGAGUCUGGCACCACGGACUCCUCGCCAAGCUUCCAUCAUAUGGCUUGCCUCCCCAGCUAUAUCCAGGAACUUCAACAGCAGCUGAUUCUGAAAUUGAGAUAAAAGACCUGCCAAAAUGCAAGAAAUGUCAACAUUUAGUUAGGCCAUAUAUUGUUUGGUUUGGAGAAAACCUGGAUGCAGAUGUAAUGAGAAGAUCAAAGGACCUCAUUGAAAGUUGCGACUUAUGCUUGAUCAUCGGCACAUCAUCGGUAGUAUAUCCUGCCGCCAUGUUCGCUCCUCGUGUCGCCGAAAGAGGGAAGCCUGUUGCUGAGUUCAACAUGAACGAAGAACCUGCAGAUGGGGAGUUCGCUUUCCAUUUUCCCGGCCAGUGCGGAACUACUCUUCCCAAGGCGCUUGGAAUCGCGUCAGAAUGACAGUCAUGGCCUCAGAGUAACCAUAUCUUUUCAACUUCAGAUUGAGAUUUAUCAUUUUGAAAAUGAGAAUAAUCAUCGUCAAAUUAAAUUGUUCAAUACUCUGAAUAAUAUUCAAGAAUAAAAAUAUUUAACCAUUAUAUAGUAUUAGCGAAUCAAAAAGUGUCGACGCCGCACCUGGUGGUGAAAUUGUAAACCUACCUAAUGCGUAAUCGGUGAUGGAUGCAUCGUAUGAUUUAAGUAGUAAUCGUCUUUGUUUUGGGUGUGUAUUCCAUAUCAUUAACUCACUGAGCUCAAAAACGAAUGGACCACACCGAUUCACUGUACAAAAAAGGUACCUACAUUACCUUAUCGGUAGUUGAGUAGUUAAUAGGAAUACAAUCAUGAUCUUGGUUGUUCUAUCGAUUUUUUUCAUAUUUAUUUGCGAUUAUAAAUAUA